ACUUCUCUGCUCAUUGUUGACCUCAUAAACCUUCCAUUAUUAUUUUUUUCUUUCUCUUCUUUCUUCUUCUUUCACUCUCCCAAUUUCCCAGAUUUUUCUAUUUUCCAAACCUCAAAAUUAGACUCACUCAAGAAAUUACCACUCACCAGUUACUGAAAUUUUGUUUUCCAUGAAGUUCUUAACUUACAAAGUCAAAAUGGGGGAUUACUUCAAAGCUUCUUGUUAAGUUUUCCCAAUUAGGGUUUUCUCUGUUAAUCCUGUUUCAGUGAUUUUGGGAUCUGGGUUUUCAAAUUCAGUCCAUUAUAGGAAGUGGGUUUAGUUUAAUUUAGCUUAAUUUACCCUAAUUUUGUUCUUCUCACUCUCUUCUUCCUAAGUCAAAUGCAAAUACCCUAUUUUUAUUCUUAUUUUCUGGCCGAGAUUGGUGCUUAAAACCUCCUCUUUAAUUAGUUAAUGCAAAUUAUUCAGAUUAUAUAUUAUUAAUCUUCACUUUCUGGGUUUGAUCUUAUUUAGGAAUCAAUCCUUUUGCUGGGUUUUCUUUGUGGUCCAACUUAGACUUCCCUUUUUAAUUUAUUAUACCCUUUAUUUUCACCUUUGAAUCUGUAUGAUUCUUUGUGUUUUUGAAUGAAUUGUUUGAAGUUGUUUAGUGGCAACUUUUUUUUUUCUUGGUGUUAUUUUCUGAAAGUGAACUCAUUGAUUUUAGAGAAAGCAAUCUGAACUGAUUCCCUCCUUGAAAGUUUUGAAUUUGAACUUACUUUCUCUAUCUGCUCAUUGUUCUUGUUAGAAAGUCAUUAUCUUGGCUUGAAAACCCAAGCUUAGGUAGAUUUCUGUUGAGGAUUAGGCUUGCUUUUACUCUUAGUUCAGAUGCAUCUUUCACUAUGGAAGCCUAUUUCCCAUUGUGUGGCAUUACUUGUUGACAAGAAAGGUAGAAGAAAAGAUGGGUCUGAAUUUGGGGAAGAUAGUAAGAAAAACCCUUCAAUUCUUAGAAAGUUGCAAGAAAAUAAGCUUAGAGAAGCUCUUGAAGAAGCUUCUGAAGAUGGGUCUCUUCUAAAAUCCACUUUAGAAACUGACCCCGAUGCCAAUUCUACUAAAGAUGAAGGCCUCGGGCGAUCGAGAUCCCUUGCUAGGCUUCAAGCCCUCAAGGAAUUCCUUAGAGCAACUGCAUUAGCUGCUGAGCGUACAUUCGAAUCGGAGGACUCGAUUCCUGCCCUUAAUGAGGCCUUUUCUAAGUUCCUCACAAUGUAUCCUAAGUAUCAAUCUUCUGAAAAGAUUGAUCAGCUGAGAUUAGAUGAGUAUGGGCAUCUUACAGGGCCAGCUGCUAAGGUAUGUCUUGAUUAUUGUGGAUUUGGGUUGUUUUCUCAUCUUCAGACUCUUUAUUAUUGGGAUACUUCAAGUUUUAGCUUGUCUGAAAUGUCUGCUAAUUUGAGUAAUCAUGUAUUGUAUGGUUGUGCUGAGAAAGGGACUGUUGAACAUGAUAUAAAAACUAGAAUUAUGGAUUAUUUGAACAUUCCUGAUAAUGAAUAUGGAAUUGUGUUCACUGUUAGUAGAGGUUCUGCCUUUAAAUUGUUAGCUGAAGCAUAUCCUUUUCAUACAAACAAGAAAUUAUUGACUAUGUUUGAUCAUGAUAGUCAAUCUAUGAAUUGGAUGUCUCAAGCUGCUAAGGAGAAAGGGGCUAAACUUGUUAGUGCCUGGUUUAAAUGGCCUACUCUUAAACCAUGUUCAGCUGAUCUUAGGAAGCAGAUUUUGAAUAAGAAGAAGAGGAAGAAGGAUUCUGCAGCUGGGCUUUUUGUGUUUCCUGUUCAAUCGAGAGUGACGGGAUCCAAGUACUCGUAUCAGUGGAUGGCUCUUGCACAGCAAAACAAUUGGCAUGUUCUGUUGGAUGCUGGUGCUUUGGGUCCUAAGGAUAUGGAUUCACUUGGGUUGUCGUUGUUUCGUCCUGAUUUUAUCAUCACUUCGUUUUAUAGGGUGUUUGGUUAUGAUCCCAGUGGAUUUGGAUGCCUCCUGAUCAAGAAAUCUGUGUUGGGAUGCCUUCAAAGCCAAUCUGGGGUGACUGGAACUGGAAUGGUGAAGAUCACUCCGGUUUUUCCACCGUAUAUGGGUGAUUCGAUGGAUGGUCUUGAUGGGUUGAUUGGGGUUGACGAUGAUGAAGUCGAUGAAAAUGGGGAUUUUAAAGGGGAUUCCCAGAAGGGAUCACAAAUGCCGGCUUUUUCUGGCGCUUUUACGUCUGCUCAGGUGAGGGAUGUGUUUGACACUGAGAUGGAGCAUGAAAACUACUCAGAUAGAGAUGGCGCUAGCACAAUCUUUGAAGAGACGGAGAGUGUUUCGGUAGGGGAGGUAAUGAAGAGCCCUAUAUUCAGUGAGGAUGAAUCUUCCGACAACUCAUUCUGGAUCGACUUGGGUCAAAGCCCAAUUAGUUCAGAGAAUGCAGGCCAGUUGGAGAGACAGAGAUCUACUCCUUCCCCACCCUUAUGGUUUACCGGGAAGAAGAGUGCCAAAAGGGUUUCCCCUAAGCCUGCUACAAACAAGUCUAGGAGCCCAACAUAUGAUGGACGGCAUAUGCUAUCAUUUGAUGCUGCAGUUCAAUCAGUCUCGCGUAGUUGUGAAAACAUCCAUGAGAUCAAUGAGGAGAUACAACCUGUAAAUGAGAUAGUGGAGUAUGAACAUGAUAAUCCAAUCAACAAAGCUUCACUGGCUUCAGUAAAUAGAUCGGAUUUCAACUGUCGCAUUACAGGGUCUUGCGGCAUUACAUCUGAGGUGUAUGCGGAAACAAAAGAAAGUGCUAUUAAAAGAGAAACCGAAGGCGAGUUCAGGCUUUUGGGACGGAGGGAUGGCAAUAAGUUUCCUGGCGGAAGGGUUGUAUGCUUUGAAGAAGAUGAUGUUCCUAGCAGAGGUAGGCGGGUGUCCUUCAGUAUAGAGGACAGUCGUAGAGAGCUAUCUGGUCAUACUUUGGAGGCAGGUGAGGCGUCUACAAGAAACCUCGAAGAUUAUGAUUAUGCAAGUGAUGGAGAUUAUGGUGAUGAUCUAGGAUCCGAUAGGAGGGAACCUGAGAUAGUUUGCCGGCAUCUUGACCAUAUAAACUUGUUGGGUCUCAAUAGAACGACUUCUAGAUUACGGUUUUUGAUCAAUUGGCUUGUGACAUCGCUUUUGCAAUUGAGAUUCCAUGGUUCGGAUGAAAAUAAUGCUGUCCCUCUCGUCCAAAUAUAUGGACCGAAAAUCAAAUAUGAAAGAGGUGCUGCGGUGGCAUUCAAUGUGAGAAACAGAACCCGGGGGCUAAUCAAUCCGGAAAUUGUCCAAAAGCUUGCUGAAGCACAUGGGAUUUGUCUUGGUAUUGGCAUCCUUAGCCAUAUUAGAAUCAUGGAUGUUCCUGGGAAUCCAAACGGGGAAUUGAACAUUACAGAUACAACAUUAUGCAAGCCAAUGGGUAGUGGUCGAUUUGACGGAAAAAGUGGCUUCUUUAGAGUCGAGGUUUUGACUGCAUCGCUUAGCUUUCUUACCAACUUCGACGAUGUGUACAAGCUGUGGGCGUUUGUUGCAAAAUUUCUUAAUCCGGCAUUUACCAUCGAGAAUGGACUUCCAACCGUUGAAGAAGGUAUAGAGACAUGACAUUGUGCCAUAAAUCUUCCUCGCCAAUUCAGGCUCCUCCACCCAUCGGAUCAUGGGGUGUAAUUUUUUCCUCAAUUUGAAGCUUGCGAAGAGUAUAGGAGGUACCGUCAGACUCUUUUCUCUUGCGCUGAAUUUGUUUAUACAUGUUUGCCCUUGGUUUUUGUUAUUUACAAAUCUUUCGGGUGCUUGUAACUUUUGCUUGUCUUACGGCCACAAGUGUUUUGAUAUGUUCUAAAAUGAUUGUUUGCUCGAAAUAUUAACCAUCUGGGUGUUAUUGUUGAUCCCCUGAAGUAUGGUUCUUGAGUUUGUGUAUAACAUUGUCGUUGUAAUGCUAACCGUAGUAGUUCAUCACAAUGCAUAUGCAUAGAAUUGGUAGCAGGAUGCAGUAAAAUCAAGCAUAAUCUUGUAAUUCACUUUCAUUGAUAUGUUUCAAUACUGAAUUGAAUGAGUUGAUUUCUGCUGGUCAGUAAUGAGCUUCAAUGCUAGAUUGUGUAAUCUAUCCACUGGAUUGGUUGUAAAUUUAUUAUUUGAUAGCUUCUAUUUCUGUAAUUUUAGAGGUUUAUUGAUCUAUUUUUGGGAUGUAAAGUACAAAUUUUUCAUAUUA